AUGGAGGAAGUCUGCGAGGGCAAAGACUUCUCCUUCCCCAAGCAAGAGGACACCAUUCUCAAUCUGUGGUCCGAAAUCAAGGCGUUCGAAACUCAGUUGGCUCGCACUGAGGGCCUGCCCGAGUACGUCUUCUAUGACGGUCCUCCAUUCGCCACGGGCCUCCCACACUAUGGCCACAUAUUGGCCGGCACCAUCAAAGAUAUCAUUACUCGAUUUUUCUCGAUGACCGGCCACCACGUCAUCCGCCGCUUCGGCUGGGAUUGCCAUGGCCUGCCCGUCGAGAACGAGAUUGAUCGGAUGCUCGGCAUCAAGCGCCGAGACGAUGUGCUGAAGAUGGGGAUUGAUAAGUAUAAUGAGAAGUGUAGGGGCAUUGUUACUAGGUACGUGGAGGAGUGGGAGAAGGUUAUUACGCGAACUGGGCGCUGGAUUGAUUUCAAAAACGAUUAUAAGACCAUGGACUUGAAGUUUAUGGAGAGUGUUUGGUGGGUUUUUGCUCAGUUAUUUCAAAAGGGUCUUGUUUAUAAAGGCUUCAAGGUCAUGCCAUACAGUACUGGCUGCAAGACACCGCUCUCCAAUUUUGAGGCCGGUCAAGAAUAUAGGGAUGUUCCUGAUCCUGAAAUUAUGGUGGCUUUUCCAAUUGUCGGAGAUCUGCAAAAGGCUAAUUUUGUGGCUUGGACAACCACUCCAUGGACCCUUCCUAGCAAUUUAGCCCUAUGUGUCAAUGCAAAUUUCACUUACGUGAAGGUUCGCAACAAGUACUCCGGAAAAGUAUAUGUUGUUGCUGAAUCUCGGUUGUCAGCUCUUCCGAGUGAUAAACCAAAAGAAAAUGUUGCAAAUGGAUCUGUUGAUGAUUCAAAAAAGCUCAAUUCCAAGACCAAGGGAUCCUCAGGUGGGAAAAAAGAAACUGUUGAUACUUCAUAUGAAGUAUUGGAGAAAGUCUCUGGGGCUUCAUUAGUGGGAAAGAAGUAUGAACCACUGUUUGACUACUUUAAGGAGUUCUCUGAUGUGGCAUUCAGAGUUGUUGCCGAUAACUACGUAACUGAUGACAGUGGUACUGGUGUUGUUCAUUGUGCUCCUGCAUUUGGUGAAGAUGAUUAUCGUGUUUGCCUGGAAAAUAAAGUAAUCAAUAAGGGAGAGAACUUGAUCGUAGCGGUUGAUGAUGAUGGAUGCUUCACGGAAAGAAUUACCGACUUCAGUGGGCGCUAUGUCAAGGAUGCGGAUAAAGCCAUUAGUGAAGCAGUGAAGGCAAACGGAAGGCUAGUGAAGUCUGGAACCUUUACUCACUCUUAUCCUUUUUGCUGGAGAUCUAAAACUCCACUCAUUUACAGAGCUGUUCCAAGCUGGUUUAUCCGAGUGGAGCAGUUAAAAGAAAAAUUGUUAGAAAACAACACGCAGACUUACUGGGUUCCUGAUUUUGUGAAGGAAAAACGCUUCCACAAUUGGUUGGAAAAUGCAAGAGAUUGGGCAGUUAGUCGAAGUAGAUUUUGGGGCACUCCGCUUCCUGUGUGGAUCAGUGAGGAUGGUGAGGAAAUAGUCGUCAUGGAUUCUAUUGAGAAGCUGGAAAAGCUUUCUGGUGUGAAGGUUUUCGAUCUGCACCGCCACAACAUUGAUAAUAUCACUAUUCCUUCUAGCCGUGGUCCUGAAUAUGGCGUUCUUCGACGUAUAGAUGAUGUGUUUGAUUGUUGGUUUGAGAGUGGGUCCAUGCCUUAUGCUUAUAUCCACUAUCCAUUCGAAAAUGUAGAACUUUUUGAGAAAAAUUUUCCUGGGCAUUUUGUGGCUGAAGGGCUAGAUCAGACUCGUGGAUGGUUCUACACUCUUAUGGUGUUAUCUACUGCAUUAUUUGGAAAACCUGCUUUUAGGAACCUCAUUUGCAAUGGACUCGUCCUUGCCGAGGAUGGAAAAAAAUGA